AUGAGUGCUAAAAAAGAAUUCAGGAAAAGAAAAACUAGAAAUACUUCAACAUAUGGACUUCAAUAUGACAAUUGGAAGAAAAAUGUUACUAGUCAGAUUGAUUUUAAACUUAAUGAUGCUUAUAUAGAAAAAGAUUCGGAUAAAAGAAGAGAUAUUUGUGAAGACUUCAAUACCUAUGCAGAUAAAAAAAAACAAGAGUUUAUGGAUGAAAAAUGUGAUUCACUAAAUGUUCAAGGAGAGUCUAAGUACAAAUGUAGUGACGCAUGGUCUCAAAUUGAAGCACAUAUAAUUGACGUAAUAAAAGAGAGGCCCGGACACCCAUGUAACAGAACUUCAAUUUCUAAGAAUUUAAAUGCGGAUACCAUCAAACCUAUAAUAUCUGCAACUACAAGCAUAGAUACAAAAAACCCCAAGUCCCUAUCUUUAAGUACAUUUAAACCUCCACUCUCACCUUCACCAGUUAUUUUAUCUCAACAAAAAUCUGCAUCAUCACCUUCAAAUGUAUCUAUAUCUACAUCAGCACCUGUAUCUGCAUCUACUACUAUUAUUUCUACUUUAAAUGCUUCUAUUUUGUCUGAUCAUAGUGUUAGCUCUAAUAUAGCUGUAGGUUACAUAAAUAAUAAUGCGUUAAAUAACACGAAUAGCAUUUCACCUACUCUGCCUUCACCUGUUGAAAGUAUAGAUUAUAAAAAUAUAUCCCCAACUAAUUCUGUCAUAACUAAGCCUACAGGAACUACGCCUGGUAUUACAACUACACCUGUUAUUAUUCCUCUUUCAAUUGGAUUCGGAUCACUUUUUGGAAUUCUUAUUCUUUUGAUCUUUUUAUAUAAAUGUACUCCCAUUGGAUCAUGGCUUGGUAAUAGAAAAUCAAGGAAAAAAAAAAAACAGAAAAAAAGGAAAAAAAUACAGAUACAUAGAGCAUCAAGAUUUCCAGAAUUCCCCUAUGAAAAAUUAGAAAGUAAUAUGAAAAACCUUGGAACAUAUAACAAGACAAAUAACUUUAUAUGUGAAAUUACAUUAGAAAAAGAAAUUAAUGUAAAUGAAAGAUAUGACCAAAAACUUAAAGAAAAUGAACAUAAAGAAAAAAUAGAAAAUAUAGAACAAAAUGAAAGAUAUGAAAGAGAAGAAUCUAAAAAAAUUGAACAUAAGGGAAAAAGUGAAAAAAUAGAAGUAGAGCAAAAUGAGAGAUAUGGAAGAGGAGAAUCCAAAAAAAUUGAACAUAAAGGAACAAAUGAAAAAAUAGAAGUAGAACAAGAUGAAAAAUAUGAAAGAGGAGAAUCCAAAAAAAUUGAACAUAAAGAAAAAAUAGAAAAAUUAGUGCAAAAUGAAAUAUUUGGAAAGGAAAAAUCUAAAGAAAAUGAACAUAAAGAAGAAAUAGAAGAUGUAGAACAAGAUGAAAGAUAUGGAAAAGAAGAAUCAAAAAAUAUUGAACAUAAAGAAAAAGUAGAAGAACAUAAUGAAACAUAUUGCAAAGAAGAUUCUAGUGAAAAUGAAAAUAAGGAAAAAAGUGAAAAAAUAGAACAAAAUGAAGGAAAUAUAGAAGCAAAAAGAAAUGUUGUAGGAAAAAGGAAAAUAUGGAAAUGGAAGACUGUAAUUGAAAUACAUAUGAUAAUAUUAGAGGAGUGUCAAAAAGAGGAGUGGGAAUUGAAUAGAAGAGAAUUUCUAAACAUUUGUUUAGAAGAAUUCAAAGAAAAAGAUAUAUAUCCGAAUGUAAUUAACAGAGACAUGCUAGUGGAAACAGAUCAAGAAAAAAUUACUAGUAUUUUUUUGGAAGAAAAGCCUUUAUGGAAAAUAUGGACAGAAUGGAAUAGUAAGUUGAUAGAAAAAUGGAAAAAGGAACCUUGGUUUAAAAAUUUGAAGAAAGAAUGGAAAAAAGAGGUAAAUGAAUCUAUAGAAUUAAUAGAAAAAGAAGAGAUGAUGAAAGGCACAAAAAAGGGAACAAUUAACCCCAUGCUAGAGAAACAAAAAAUAAUAUGGAAGAAAUGGAUACAAAAGCAAAAUAAGUUGCAUACUUUUGAUGACGAAGAAUUGUUAAAACAAUUGUUAGUAGAAUAUGAAACAGAAGAAGAAAUGAAAAAAAAUGUGGAAGCAAUAUAUAGAGAAAAAAUAAGAAUAGAUAUAGAGGAGAAGGAUAAAGCAUUUAAGGAUUCAAACAAAAAUGAAUUAUUAUCUAGAUUAAAGAUAGAGAUACACAUGAUGGUAUUAGAUGAAUGCAAAAAAGAGGAAUGGAUAAGGAACAAAAAAGAAUUUUUUAAAAUAUGCAUAGGAGAAUUAAAAUUACAGGAUAAUUCAAAUGAAAAAGAACUAUUAGAAAUAGAAGAAGAAAUAAUGAAAAACAUUACAUUAAAAAAAAAAAAAGAGGAAUUGGAGAAAUUUAAAAAAGAAAAAUGUUUUAUUGAAUUGAAGCAGGAAUGGAUGAAUAAUGAAAGGAAAUAUAUGGAAGAAGUGAAUAAAGAAAACUUAUUAAGAGUUAAUGAAGAAAGAAUUGAAAAUCCCAUGUUACAAAAGCAAAAGAUU